AUGUAUCCGGCAAAAAAACAAGAGCUUGAAAGGGAGGGCAUUUCAACAGCCUACGCUAUUCUUUCUCAUAGAUGGGAAGGCGACGAGAAUGAAGUUACCUUCAAAGCCAUGAGCACUACUGACAUAAAGUUCAAGAAGGUACUUGGAUGGUCAAAAAUUGAGGAAACUUGCGCCAAGGCACUCGAAAUCGGGAUCGGUUACGCCUGGAUAGACACUUGCUGCAUCGACAAGCGAAACCUCACCGAGCUUACCGAAGCAAUCAACUCAAUGUUCAAGUGCUGUGUCGAGCUUUCGAGCGAGAUCAAUCUCCGAACAAUGAUCAACGAGGAAGUUUUGGCCUAUACCUCAUCGACGCAACAAAGCUUACAGAAUCUGCUGGUCGAAAUUCCUGUGGGUCGGCGCGUGUCAUGGGCUGCUGGCCGUGAGGCGAAUAAAGUCGAAGACCGAGCCUACUCACUAUUGGGUUUAUUUGGCGUCAGCAUGCCUCUUCUCUAUGGAGAAGGCGACCGAGCUUUCGUUCGAUUACAGGAAGAAAUCAUCAAGGAAACCAACGACAUGUCACUGUUUGCUUGGUGCGACUCCUCCGCUACUCCCACUGAUGGCGCCGCAGAGUUUUGUGGGAUCCUCGCUACUACGCCGGAUCAUUUCAGGAGUUGCUGCGAUCUCAGAUCGAUCGGGCACCUAGAUUAG